AUGGCAUUGAAAGAAUUCGUACCACCACAGGUUGUUAGUGAUCGAUCUAUUUUGGAUUCAGCUAUUGGCUUUAUUAAUGAAGUCACUUUAGCCCAACAGCCUCCAAUAGAUCCAAAAGACACAAUAACUUGGGCAAGAUUUGAAACAGCCGCUGAUAUAAGCGACCCAAGUUUUGGGGAUGAUUGGGAAUUAGAAGGCAAUGUUGCGCCUCCACUUUUAUUAAUACUCGGAUAUGGUUUGGGAGUUCAAGUUUGGGCAAUACCAGCAAAUGGUGAAGCCGUUGAAGUACUUUCUUGGCGACAUGGCAUAGUGUCGGCUCUAAGAGUUCUUCCAACUCCGGUUCCAAUAGUAGCAGUAGAAGAAAACGUUCGUGCUGAUGAACCCAUUGAUGCAUUUGGAGAAAAAAGACCUUUAAUAGCUCUAGUAGAUGGAAGCUCAACGUCGGGAUCUCAACCACAGUUCUGUGCAGUUAAUUUUAUAUCUCUUAAAACAGCUGCGCAGGUGAAAACGAUUAAGUUUAAAAAUCCAGUUAUUGAUAUACUGGCUAAUCGAUCGUCGGUUGUUAUUACUUUUCAUGAACGUAUUGCCGUUUUUGAUGCCCGAACUUUGGAGGAUCGUUUAUCGAUUACAACAUGCUAUCCCAGUCCAGGUAUAAAUCCUAAUCCUGCAGCCUUGGGUCCACGAUGGUUAGCAUAUGCUGAAAAUAAACUUUUGCACUCAAAGCGUAGUGGGGGUGGUUGUGAUGGAGAUGGCGUUGCAAGUUAUACAGCCACUGUACUAAAUGCCUCAAAAUCAUUAGUAAAAGGCUUGCGAGAGUUGGGAGAACAAGUCGCUGCUGGAUUAACUGGUACUACUGCCAGUACAAGCAAUUCUAAGAAUACGUCGUUUGACUCCGGUUGUGGUCUUGAAACGAAACAAUCUGGUAUAGUUACCAUUAUAGAUAUAAAGGUAUGAAAACAAUCCUAAGUU